AUGUUAUCAGUUGUCCAGAGGAAGAGGUGGGAAUACCAUCGUAUGGGGAUCGACAUGUCUAGUGCCUUUGACACUAUACGACGAUCUACCAUCCUCGAUCUUCUUGUUGAGUGUGGCUGUGAUGAUGACGAAGUCCGUUUGGUAAGACUUUUGCUUUCCAACACCAAGCUCAAAGUCAACAUCAACGGUACACUGUCUGCUGAAUUCCAGAGUUUUCUCGGUGCAUUCCAAGGUGACUGUCUGUCUGGAUGCUUGUUCACACUUGUCUUAGCGGGUGCCUUGCGUGACCUCCGUAACAGGCUUGAAACUGCAACGAAUAGGCCUAACCCACCUAUCACCGAUAUUGGUCUUCCACUUGACAGUGAGUAUGCUGAUGAUAUCGACUUCAAUGAUGAAGAUGAAGACAAUUUGAGGGAGCUGUUGCCUAUUGCAACAGAAGUCCUUAAAGAUUGGAAUCUCUUCGUUAACGAAGACAAAACUGAUUUCACUCAUGUGUACUUAGCUGAAAAGGGAGCUAAUAUAAAGACGAUCAGGUAUCGCAACAGCAUGGACUUGGAACCGGAAGCUACAACGACAUUUCACAUUAUCCAACAGAAUGAAUCAGGAUAUGAAACAGCAUUGAAACCAGAUGUCAAGCCCGAGAUGAUGGAGCAAGAAUUUAUUACCAUGGUCGUGGAGACACUUCCGACAUCAAUAUUUGAAGCUCAAACAUAUGCUUUUAGCAGUGCUCAGUUAUUCUGUCCUAUUGAUCACGACGGACUUAACUUUCCUCUUAACUGGAAAUGGGCUGAUUAA